AGUUGUGUUCUACUGUUUGAAUACGAAGUACCCGAACGCCGAAACCAUGAAUCGUUGGCUUACAGUGGCCUUCCUGGUGGCUUCCGCCGGAGGAGCAUUCUCGUUGUACUCGGCCAUUUCGGUUGGCUCCACGGGCCUCGCCAACAUGGCCACCAACCUGCAGUCGCUCUCGGUCGUGGUGAAAAACUACUACAACGCCCUCAACACUGACCGGACUUUGGUGAACGCAUCUUUGAACGAUUUGGGAUACUAUGUCAACGUGACAUAUGCUGCAAUGAACAAAACUUACGGAGCCACUCAACCGAACCUGGUUUCGAUGAUGCAGACUAUUGCAUACUUUAAUCAAACUCUUGGAUAUGGAGAACAAUCAGUUCAUUCCAUGAUUUCGUCAGAUUUAUCUCAAGUGGCUAUGAAUCUCCAGCAGCUGAUUGAUAGCAUUUUCCAGAGCUUCUCAAUGUCGCUGUACACGAUGAGCUCGUACGAUCAGUCGUAUACUGAAGAUAAGUGCAUUGCCAAAAACAUGACACAAAUGUCUCAAAUUCCCAACAAUUUGGGCAAGCUGGGUCCGUGUCUGCAGCAAGAGGUCAACACUGCAAACGCCAUCACUCCAACAAUUGUCGCUACUAUUAAACUGCUUAAGUCCGAUCUCAUUGCGUAUAACAACCUCCUCAAAAUUUGCCAGCCGACAUCAACCACGUGUCUUGAACAGUUCUUCACGGGUCUCUCGAUGGACUUGAGCAAUGUGCAAAUGGCGCUGUCUUUCGUGCAGCAAUAUGUCAGUUAUAUUCAAAUGGAUGCCUCUAGUCGUAACCGCAUCUGUGGCGAGCUGGUCCGAGCCGAAAUUCAGGAUCAAAUUACGAACUUGCAAUCAACCGUGCAAAGAUGCUCGUAUCCUCAGAUGUAAAAAUUUCAAGUGUGUUUAUGGUACAAUGCAGAGCUAAAAUCGAUGGAACAAUCAGCGGAUGUAGCUUUAAGUUAGUUUGAAAUAAAUUUAUUAACAAUUCUUCCUACAAAACAGC